GCGGGUAAAAUGGGUAAUGAAAUCACGCUUCCUGCGAAAGUACAACGGCCAAUCGAGAUUGAACAUGAUCAAAUUCAUGAAGAUGACGACAACAAUUCUAUCCGCUCGUCCUCGUCGCUGUCUCGCUCGAGUAGCAACGUACUCUCUCGUUCGAAUACUCUUCCCCAUCGCAUGCACGAUAAUACCGUUGCACCCACCGCGUCUUCUUCAAAGGGGUACAACAAAGUGACACCAUCAAAGCGCGGCGGGGAUAUGUACCUCAGCAUCGAAUAAUAUCCCUCCCUUUCUACCGACAUUGUUACUCAAGUUUAGCUCCUUUUAACCCUUGUGACUUUUUUACCUCUUCUUUCUAACUACCACUACUUCUCCUUUUUCUCACCAGUUACGCAUGGGUGGCGCACUUUGACUUUUCAUUUUUUUGAUUCUACACUUCUCAUUCUCAGCUUUUUUUCUCUUCGUUCUUUGUAGAACUAUACCAGUUCUCC